CCUCCACAGCCUGCACCCCAUGAAACGCUCCAUCUCCUACUCCCCAGACACCGAAGACGACCACUCCAACUCCCGCGCACACUCCCCCACCACGACCAGCAAACCCAAAACCAGCGAGCCCCGCGUCAACGACCACCUCGUGAAAGCCGCGCUGACGGAACUUCUCAACGACGACGGCGUGCGGUCGAACGCGCGCGGCAGCAGAUCCGUCCAGAACUUCCUGAUGGAUACGGAACAUGCGCUGAGGGAGCAGCGGAGACAGUCGCUGAGUGAACGGGUGGGGUCGAUUUCGGUGUUGAAGUGAGGUAGUGAUGAUGAUGAUGGUAUUUCCUUACUGGUCGGGAUGAUGGCUAUCGGUGUUUGAUGUAUUGAGUCGGUGGUGAGUAAAGACGGAUUUGUCUUGCUUGAGGAGAUGUUGAUGCUAACAGUUCAGCUGGAAGCUAGACUUUUAUCCCGCUAUCCAGCUAUCUCAGAUCUACAGCUGUGUGUAUGCUUCAUGGGGACACCUUCGACAAAUUACAUAUCCGGCGAUGGUCGACUUAUCUUCAAUCUCAAG